AUGGCACAACCAAGCUCAAUGAAAGUAGUUGAGGUUUGCUGGGUAGCUCCCAAACCAAGCUCACCAGACUCAACCUCCCCAGAUGAUCAGUCUCUUCCUCUAACUUUCUUUGACCUUCUCUGGCUAAGGUUUCCUCCCAUCCAACGCGUUUUCUUCUAUGAAAUAUCUUCAUUCAACACACUCCUCUUCUUCGAUUCCAUACUUCCAAAACUCAAAGCCUCACUCUCUCCCACCCUCCAGCACUUUCUGCCUCUUGCAGGAAACCUCACUUGGCCCCAAGACUCCCAAAAACCCUUUCUCAGUUAUGUCAAAGGUGACACCCUUUCGCUUACAAUAGCUGAAUCUGAUGCUGAUUUCUACCAUCUAGUUUCAACCAACAACUUCAAUAUUGAAGCCAGAAUACCAUCCUCUUAUACCCCAAUUGGCACCGUGCACCAUGCUGCCCUUGAUGGCAAAACUUCAACAUCUUUUUUGAAACAUUGGGCUCACCUGUGCAAACAUGGAGGACUGUCCUCAUCUUUGUUACCAGAGCCACCAAAACCAUGUUAUGACAGGAGGGCCGUCAAGGACCCUGCCGGCAUUGAAGCAAUCUACUUGAAGGAAUGGUUAAAUGCAGGAGGGCCCAAUAAUACAAGCUUGAUGUCUUUGGGGGUUAAAGAAUUUCCACUAGACUCGAUUCGAGGUACGUUUGAAUUCACACGAGCAAAAAUAGAAGCAUUAAGACAAUCAGUGAUGACUAUGAUGGCAAAGAAGAAACAACAAGAUCAUUCCGUGCUUCAUUUGUCAACGUUUUCUCUAACAUGUGCUUAUACAUGGGUUUGCUUAGUCAAGGCAGAGGAAAUAAAAGCGGAGAAAGUACUUUUGGUCUUUAGCGCAGACUGCAGGUCUCGCUUAGACCCUCCUCUGCCUGCAACCUAUUUUGGGAAUUGCAUCGCAGGCCGUGGGGUAGUUGCAGAAACAAAGGGCCUAUUGGGAGAAGAUGGGUUGUUUGUGGCCUUAAAUGCAAUUAGUGAAUCUAUAAAAAGUUUGGACAAGACCGUUUUGGAUGGGCCAGAGACUUGGGUUUCAAGAAUGCUCAAUGCACUGCAGACUACACAUAGAGUUCAUUCCAUUGCUGGGUCACAUACUUUUGGGAUUUAUGAGGCAACUGAUUUUGGAUGGGGAAGACCAACGAAGAUCGACUUCAUUUUGAUAGACAGGACAGGGGCUAUCUCCUUUUCAGAUAGCAAGAAUGGUGCUGGUGGUGCUGAGGUUGGGCUGGUUUUUAAAAAACAUUAUAUGGAGGCUUUUGCUUCUCUAUUUGCGAGAGGUCUUGAAGACCUUUGA